AUAUCUCCUGAGACUGUGCUGGAGGUUGAGUAAAACAGAUAAGGGAUAACAGACAACAGAAAUAGAGGUGCACAAAGUGUCCGGCACUCUGAUAAGACUAUUUUGAACACGGAAGGUCUGGACUAAGAGAAGAGAAUAGCUCCUUACGGCCGUGAUCGUCGGUGCCAAAAUGACUGGAGGAUCUCGUUGCAUGCUGGGAGUGCUGGUGUUGUUGUGCCUUUGUCUUUUGGUUCCCACUGAGGCUGUGGGAGGGGCCAAGAGUCGGCCGAAACCUCAAAGACGACCCCCAAAGAAACCAAAGGUCAACCCCAUUGACUCAACCCCACCUUCUCAGAAUAUAGACAUCCAACAGAUGACAGGAAAAUGGUAUCUCCUCAACACAGCCUCCAAGUGUUCUUACCUGAUGAAACAUGGAAGCAAGGUGGAACCGACUGUCAUGACACUAACAGGUCCCAAUGAUCAAACUCUGUCAGUCAGCACUAAAACAAGACAUAACCAUCAGUGUUGGGAAAUAUUGCAGCAAUACCAUCUAACUUCAACCCCAGGGAAGCUAACACUGAAAGGAGCGCGUCCUGAACUCAACACCGACAUUGUGAUAGGAGAAACAGACUACACCUCCUAUGCAGUGUUGUUCUACCAGAAACAUGGAAAGAUCACAGUGAAGCUCUAUAGUAGAUCUGUGGAUGACCUAUCUGAAACAAUGUUGACUAAGUUUGAACAACUUGCUGAAAAACAUGGGAUGGGCCUCGCCUACCUCUUCCCCUUCCCUAACUACAGUCACUGUGGUGAUGUGGACCAGCACCAUAAAAUAAACUGCGUCCCCACAUGCUGAAGAGGCGGCGCUUCGACCCCCACUCAAGAAAGCUGAUUGAAAACCCUUGAAAUGUGAUCAUUUGCUCAUAAAUAAAGGCGAAAUGCGAUGAAAUCAA